CCCAGAUUGCUGUUCCCACCCUGUUCUCUUUCGGACAUCUCAUCUGAAGCGUGAGGUUCCCUCAGCACAUACUGAGACGGACGAUAUGAACUACAUCUGCCCGGCUCUGCUCCUGGCCUGCGUGUGUGUCCACACCGUACAGGCCGCGAUCGGUACCUCAGCGAUAAACUGUGAUACUGGAAGUAACAGUAACGUGGGAUCUACUGCAGAGGGCUACGAAGGAGAUGUGGAGAGCCUGACUAGCAUCGGCCCCGGUGAUGACCUGAGGCUGGAGGAUCACCUCUUCCCCUUUGGAAAAGCCUUUCUGGAGCUGGUCUAUAAUCCUGAUGGAACCAGUGCCACCAUCAGAACCACAAAACCCCUGGAUGCUGACGUUCUGAAAGAGUCUGGUGGAAUUCUGUACUAUUCAGUAACCUGCGGAAGCACAGGAUUUAAGAACAUUCGGAACCUCCAGGUCGAGGACAUCAACGACAACGCGCCGAUUUUUGAGCAGAAACUCUACACGACCACCGUGUCUGAGACCGUACCGGUGGAUUUCCUGGUGCUGAAGGUGCAAGCGGUCGAUGCUGAUGUUUCACCGGAAAACAGCAGACUUUCUUACUCCAUACUGCCCCCGGCUCCGCCUGAGUUUGAGGUGAGGAACGAUGGGACCAUCAGUCUACGGCGUCGGCUGAACUACAACACCGCCAGUGCCUACAACUUCACCGUGAAAGCUGCGGAUGUUCAUAAUCUGUUCAACACCACCGAAGUCUUCAUCGAAGUGCAAGACUUCGACAACAUGAACCCGUACUUCGAUCACACUCUGUACCGGGCAUCUAUCCCUGAGAACCAGGUCGGAGUCUUCACAGAAGUCACUCCAGAGGCUAUAAAAGCUCAGGACGGAGACACAGGAAUCAAUCAGCCUGUAGUGUACAGCAUAAUCACCGUCACUCCAGCUGAAUAUCAGCCCAACUUCAGUAUCGACCAGACCACCGGGGUCGUCUCCGUGAUGACGGAGCUGGACAGAGAGGAAACAGAAACCAUCACGCUCCAAAUACAGGCAGCUCAGCAGGACGACGAUACUAAAAUCGCCAAUGCUGUUGUGUUGGUCACCGUUGAGGACGUGGAUGACAAUGCACCAGAGUUUGACCAGAGCAACUACACUGCAGUUAUACCAGAAAAUUCCCCCACUGACCAGUUCGUCCUUCAGGCCAGAGUCACGGACCUGGAUCAGGGAGGAUUUGUGGGAACGCUGAGGCUUAUUCCGGAUACAGUUCCUUUCUCCAUCAGUCCAGAUGGAUCCAUCAGGGUAAAGACGCCUGGCGAGCUGGACAGAGAGACCACCCGAGGCUUUGUUUUUCAGAUCGAGGCGAGAGAGAAGUCUCCCUCCACCCACAGCACCACGGCCGACAUCAACGUCACCCUCUCGGACGAGAACGAUAACGCUCCGGUGUUCGGAAACACAAAGUACGAGGGCAAAGUUUCCCUGGAUCAGACUGUUGGCAUGCCGGUUGUCAAGGUAGAAGCUACGGAUCUAGACGAGGGACCGAACGGAGAAAUCAGAUACUUCAUCGACUUUGGGAAUGAAGAAGGUUAUUUCAGCAUAAAUGAAAAGACAGGCCAGAUAUUGUUAAACAAGACCAUUCCUCUCCAGGAGAACACGAUCUUGCAGUUUUUGUUGUACGUGACAGCGAGAGAUGGGGGCAGCGUGAGUCGAGCUUCCUCUGUUCUCGUGGACAUUAAAGCACCUGGAGACUCUCGUCCACAGUUCCUUCAGAAAACAUAUCAAGGGAAAGUUGAGGAAGAGAAAGAGGCGAAGACAGAGAUUGUCAAGGUGACUUUCCUGUCCGUGUCCCCCAUCGUUCCCGUCAUCUUAACCGUCGAGACGGAAGCAGACAAAUUCUCCAUAGACCAGCUGACGGGAAUGCUCAUGACAAAAGUCAAACUGGACUACGAGGUCCAAAAGAACUACACCGUCCUGGUGUCACUUUCGGAUGGCACUAACCGCGAUGAAGCCUCAGUUCACGUCGAAGUUCUGGACAUCAACGACAACAAUCCUGAGUUUGCAUCCAGCACGAUCGCCGUUGACAUCCCAGAGGACGCGGCAAUCAGAGACAACGUGACCCGUGUAGAAGCCACGGACGCAGAUUCGGGGUUAAAUGCUGAGAUACGGUACAGUCUGGAAGUUUCUGCUGGGAUGUUCAGCAUCAACCCAGACACUGGUUUAAUCACCGUAGCGGCUGCACUGGACAGAGAAACCCAGGACAAGUACAACCUCAUCGUGGUCGCACAAGAUCAAGGUCGUCCGACUCGUUCGGCAACGGCGUCCGUGGUGGUCACAUUGACCGACAUCAAUGAUAACGUUCCCAUCUUUUCCAUGCAGCGCUACGAGGCUAGCAUCUUAGAAAAUGCCACCGCUGGAAUGAACGUGAUUGGUGUCAAUGCCACCGACAAAGACGUCGGUCCCAAUGGUGUAGUGACCUAUCACAUUGCAAAGCAGGAUCCACCUUCUUCACCCGCAGCCUUUUCCGUAGACGCCGUGUCCGGGAUAAUAAGUGUGGCCGCACAGCUGGACUACAGCAAGGCAAGGACAUACACCCUGGAGGUGGAGGGGAGGGACGGAGGCAGUCCGUCUCUUACAGGCAGUGCGGUGGUGGUCGUAUCGGUGAUCAGUGUUACUAAUAAUCCUCCGAAGUUCAGCAAGGAGCAGUACGAUGUGGCUGUCUAUGAGAACAUAGCUCCUGGAUCUGCACUGGUGUCACUGGAGGUGACAGAUGGCAAUGAGGGUGGACUCUUCAAUGGUCACUUCCUUUUGACCAGUGAUGUUUUCAGUAUUAGCAAGGCAGGCGUGGUCCUCCUGCUGAGCAAUUCCAGCCUGGACAGAGAGACGCGAGACAACUAUGUUAUAGAGGUGGUGGCUGUAGAUCAGCCAGUCAACGGCUUGAGCGCCACGGCCCUGGUCAAUAUAACGGUUCUGGAUGUCAAUGACAACAACCCGCAGUACCUGGUGUUCCAAAAUCCUUUAAGCAUUCCUGAACACAAAACAGGCGAAGUGACUCAAAUCCAAGUUACUGACCCUGACCUCGGCCCAAACGGAGAGGUCUCCUUGACCACAUACUCCUAUAACGAAGUCUUUGAAUUUAAAUCGGAUGGGACUCUAAUGGUGACUGGGACAUUAGAUCGGGAGAAACAAGAGAUUUAUGACUUGGUCCUUGUGGCCAGAGAUUACGGCAUGCCCCCAAGAGAGAACAUUACCACACUGACGAUUAUUGUGACUGACGUUAAUGACAACGCUCCAGUCUUCAGUCAGACCUCUUACUCAACCCGUGUUUUGGCUAAAGAUGUUAAAAAAGGAGACGUGGUGAUAACCGUGUCCGCUACGGAUCGAGACACCGGGAACAACUCUCUCAUCGCGUACAGGUUGUCCAAAGACUCUGACAUGGUGGAUUUGAAUCCUGAGACAGGAGCCAUCACCUGGACUCGUGACCUUUCUAACAUCACCAAGGACUUGGAAAUAAGGCUUAUCGCUAUAGCAACAGAUCACGGAACACCACCUCUGAACGAUACGGCAAUGGUCACGAUUGAGGUGAGAACCAUCCAUCUGACAGAAGGCAUCGUCUUCCAGAACUCCACCUACUACUUCACAGUAAAGGAGAAUGAGCCCAAGGACACAAAUGUGGGCAAGGUCAAAGCCCUAACAGGAAGCCUGCUGACUGAGGUCACUUACAGUCUGAUGUCACACACCAACCUGUUCGCCGUGGACCAAACUGGAGCUAUCAAAACUCUUAAGUCACUGGAUAAAGAAGAAAAGGAAACCUACAUCAUUAAGGUGGAAGCCACUGACUCCGAGAUUCCUCAGAACACGGCUGAAACCACGGUGGUGAUUCAGGUAGAAGAUGUGAAUGAGGCUCCAGUUUUUGAACGUGAAACCUAUACGGCAGAAAUCUUCAGCAUUGCCCCGUUCAGAUAUCCAAUAGUGACCUUGAAGGCGUCGGACCCUGACGUCCGGGACGCUGAGGAGCUCCGCUACUUACUGCAGGAGUCCACUUCACUGCUGGGAGUUGAUAGCAUCUCUGGUCAGGUCUAUGUGUUGGAUUUAGCAGGAAUGGGCGGCAAGACAGUAACCAAUUACGUUAAAGCCACAGAUAAACUCGGACUCUCCGCAACUGCUAAAAUACAGGUACACGUGAAGGAGAGCACCAGCGAGAACGUGGUGGUGAUCACACUGAACCAGCCGGUCCACACUGUCGAGAUGAAGGUCACAGAGACGGAGAUGUCUCUGGAGAAGGUGCUUGGUUGGAUCGUGCACAUCAUCAGCGUCCGAGGCGAGCACGGAAACGAGAUAGGUACACGUGUAAUGAAAAACAACACGUACAAGACAUAUGUCAGCUUCGUCGCCACGGAUAUGGGUGGGGUGACCAUCAGCGCCGAAAUUGUUCACGAGAAGCUGAGGAGCGCAAGCGAGAGCGUGAAAGUUGAGCUGGAGAAAGUGUUCGGUCCGGGCGUGGAACUGGACGGACUGGACAAAGGGUCUGUGGAAGAGGGAAACUCGAGCGAUACAGUGGUUAUUGUGCUGGGGGUGCUGUUAGCGCUCAGCCUCAUCACUCUCAUUGCUCUGGUGGUGGUCGGGGUCCUAAAGUUCAAGAACAUGAAAGAUAUAGAUUCAGAUGAAGAAAGUUUUAACAUAGGAAAGCCAGAGAGAUGCAGCGUCUUCACGAAUGAAGACUCCUGUAAAGCUAAACAGGACCCACAGAGCGGUCACAGCAGCAGAAAAGCAUCAGAAGUGUCUGAGAAGAGAACCAGGGAAGACACCAACUUCACCUCUUCGCUCUAACAGCCAGCUGAAUGUCUAAAAUCACACCAACAUUGAGACACUGUAGAAGCCAGAAAACUGAAGCAUUUUUCCGUUUCAGGGCCAAAAAAUUUGUUUUUGAUUCCGUUUUUUCCCCUCCACAAGAGCAGAAAGAUUUGCUUUUCCUUUAAAAAAAGAAAUCCAUGUAUUUAUAUUUCUUAACUUUGAACAGAUUGCUGCUCUGUUUUCUAGACCGUAAUACACUUUAUUUUUGUUUAUGUACCACUAUUUUAAUAGAUUUACGAUAAUUCUCUUCCUCCUUCAGGGAAUAACGGUAGACGGUUAGAGGAUUAGCAUGAUGCUAACAUAACGGUAAAAAAUAAAAAUGCCAGUCACGCUAGCGGAAAUUAGCAUCGUCCUAGCACCUGUGAAGUGAAUUACACUGAAUGAUUCGACUUUUAAAUAAAUUAGAUUUAAUAAAAAAUUCGACACGUUAUUUUUUAUAUUAUAUAUAUAUCCGCAUGACGACUUCGCAUGAUAUAUAUAUAUAUAUAUAUAUAUA